UGAAAAACAUGGAAUAUUGAACUUUUGAUAAGAAAAUCAAGAAACACUCUGAAGAAAAAGUAGAGAAUUCCAGUCAUUUCGUUAUUCAACUUAGAAGUUUACAACUUCGUGCUAUUAAAGUAGUGUAUUAAUUUCAAGUCCGUAAUCCAAGUGAUUUACUUUUGAUCGGUUCAUCAUUUUGUGUAACUUCUACCCUCGAUUAUUUAUGUGGCUUUAAACAUGACCGGCUUACUUUCCAAGCUCUGUCGUACCACAGCCAUAGCGAGAUUUGUGAAACCGUCAACCGUAUGCCAAAGCCAUGUGUUACGAUCACUCGAAAACAAACGAUUUGCAUCAUCAUUCAAACGAUCUUCUAAUAAACCAGCAAUCACUUGGAAGAACUUAUUAGUUGUUUCCGGUUUCGGCGGAGCUCUGUUGUUUUGGAUGAAAAUGAUUAAAGAUGAAAAAGACCGAAAGGACAACAUUGAGAGAAAAAGGCAGCUCGGAAAGGCUGCGAUCGGUGGACCUUUUGAACUUGUCGAUCAAGAUAAAAAUUUGAGAAAAAGUGAAGAUUUUAAAGGUCAAUGGCUUUUGGUUUAUUUCGGAUUUACCCACUGUCCUGAUAUAUGCCCGGAUGAAAUUGAAAAAAUGGUUAAAACUGUUGAUAUUAUUGAUAGUAACCCGGUGGUGCCAAACAUUCAACCUAUUUUCAUAACCGUCGAUCCGGAUAGAGAUACACCUGAAGUGGUGGGAAAAUAUAUUAAGGAAUUUUCUCCAAAGUUUAUCGGUUUAACUGGAAAUAGAGAACAAAUUGAUAAAGUAUGCAAAGCAUACAGGGUGUAUUACAGCUCAGGUCCUGCGGAUGAAGAUAACGAUUACAUUGUUGACCAUACUAUAAUCAUUUAUUUAAUCAAUCCCGAUGGAGAAUUUGUUGAUUACUACGGACAAAAUCGUGAAGCGUUGGAGGUCGCGCAGGGUAUUGAAUUGCAAAUGGUGAAAUACAAAAAAAUGAAUGAAUCCGCUACCAGCAAAUUAAAGAAUGCAUUCCGUGGAGGAAACGCUAACGUUCAAGGAAGCUGAAACGCCACAUUCUUAGAUAAGAACUACCGAUGAUUAUAUUUCGAUGAUUAACGUAGUGUUACCGUAGGUAUUUUCGUGCCGAUAAUUCGUAAACAUUUGGCAUUCACGAAGUGUUUUUUUAUGAUUUUUUCCUAAAAUAAACAAUUAAAAUAUAUAUAACAUGUAUUAAGGUAAUAGUUUAUAUUAAACUAUUUUCUAGUCUUGAUAA